UGGCGUAACUGGCACGGCGAGCCGCGCUGCUUGCUGUCCCUGUCGUCGCUGCCGUCUCGUUGAGAAGAUGACCGUGGGGAGGUUUGCUGCAACCCGCGAAUGCGGAGAGCGAGGCAGCCAGGUCUUCCACCCCAAAGCAUCCUCAGACACAGAGACAGAGGAAGAACCGCAGGAGAAUGGAAUUGCCUUGCACAGGGCAGGAAAACUGGAGGAUUUCCUCCACAAAGAGGCUGAGACAGACGUGACUAGCUCCGACUUGGAUGAUUAUUUUUAUGAGAUUUUGCAGGCACAGAAAGAAAAAAGCAGACGCUGUUCAUUGAGAAGAAGCUCAGCAUAUCGGGCAAAGCUGGACGAUGAAUCCUCUGUAGAGGAUAAAGACCUGGAGUGUUUUUUCCAAGACAAUAACAGACGGAGACGACAGGCCAAGUGUCGUGAGCCUUUUAUAUGUGACAGCCUGAAGCAGUCCAGCUCCUUGAGUGACCUUACACAAGAAAACUUGUAUGGUCAAGAAAGUUCCUUAGCUUCUGGCCACUGCCCACCACCCAAGAGCACCCUGGCCUGGGUCCCCUUCGUCACUACCCCCGAGCCCUUUCACAUGACAGUGCGGGAGGCAAGUAAGAAGUCCCGGUGUCUGCCAUCCUGUGCCUCAUUUGAACUAAGAAAACAGCGAGCAGAGAAGCAGGAGCAGGAGGAAGCUGAGUGCCAGAAGCAGUUCCAGGCCCAGCCAGUGCCCGCUCAUGUCCAUCUGCCCCUCUAUCAGGCAAUCAUGGAACGGAAUGAGGCCCGCAGACGAGCAGGGAUCCAGAAGAGGAAAGAACUGCUCCUGUCUUCCCUUAAGCCCUUUAGCUUCCUGGAGAAGGAAGAGCAGAAAAAAGAAGCCAUUCGACAGAGAGCCUCAGCAGCAAUGACUCAAGCAAAGACUUCAAAGCAAAAAGUCACCAAGAAGAUCCCUAAGUCAGUCUUGGAGCCAGCCCUGGGUGACAAGCUCAAAGAAGCUGAACUGUGCAGGAAACUCCGCAUCCAGACAAGGGCUGCAGAUCUCCUUCAGACAGCCUCAUCCCCCAUCACUUCUAAUAGAUACACUGAUCCAAAGUCUCGAAUAUCCACUCGAACACGGCAAGAAAAACUCAGUUUCAUGCAGACAGACUUCAAUUUCCAACCAAGGGUGAAUCCCAGUGUCCCUGACUUUGAGGGUCUUCACAGGGCAUUCCAAAAAGAAGCUGCUCAAAAAAGGGAGACCCGAGAGGCUACACGAAAUAAACCAUUCCAGCUGAGAACUGCCAAUCUCCACCACCGACAGAGGCCCAACAAAGAGGCAACAGAAGCCAAGAAUCCUCCACAGUCACCCACGGCUCCAUUACAAAGGAGCCGUUCUCUGAGUGCUCUUGCCUCCCUCUCUCCUAACACCCUUCCAAUACACAUCACAGAUGCCACCCGGAAAAGGGAAUCUGCUGUCAGAUGCUCCCUUGAAGAAAAGAAAGAUAAAGACAAUGAGAGUGCCCGCUGGCUGGAGCAACAUAGGAAGAAAUGUCAAGCUAUGUAUAAAUCUGUGACCUCACGAGCGAAAGCCAUGGAUCCCCAUAAAAGCUUAAAGGAGACGUACAAAGCAAAGCUGAAAGAGAAUUGGCUCAAUGACCAAAAAAGAACAAAAGAAUAUAAGAAGGAACUGGAGGAAAUGAAGAGGAGAGUUCAGAAUAGACCUUAUCUCUUUGAACAAGUGACUCAGAUCUGUGCCAGGAAAGAGGCAGAGCGCAGAUACCGAGACAUAUUACGGAAGGUUGGUUUAGAGGAGGACUUUGUGAGGAACAAAGGACAAGAUGCCAAUGACUUGGAAUGGAGUGAAGAAGAAGAGGAAGUAACUGAUUCCCCCAGCCACCAGGAAAGCAAGGAGCUGUCUAGUAGUAGUUCACAGCAAGAUUCAGAAGACUCCCUGGAAGAAAUGAAACACACUCCCUUGGAGGAAGAUUUGAUGGACCUGCCCUUUGAAUCGCCAGAUACUUCCGAACAACGUGCCUGAUCAUUCUAAGCUGCUAGGUUGGUGUUUUGUGAGAGGACAGGCUAGGAAGAGACUGAGCCCUCUUGGAGCAUUGUUUUACUUGUGGGCCUGUGGGUUGAUAUUUAAAAUCAUAUGGUUGUGGGGCACCUUAGAAAGCACCUAUUCUAACCCUUUUUUCAACAUGUGAACCUCUGCUUUUCAUUAUUAGUGAUGACUUACUCGUCUUCCUGGACUUUGAGCCAUCAUCUUCUUUCUUUCUUGCGUCCUUUAUCUUUUCCUCUCCAUCAGAUCAGCCCUUUCUACCUUCACACAUUCUCAGAUCUCUCCUAGCCUGAACAAAACCUCCACACCUUUCCACUUCACUCCACACCCCCCCAUUCUACCUUUUUCCUCUUUUCUCACUGCUUGGCUUACUGAAAAUCACAGAAUCACAGAAUUUUAGAAUUGGAAGGGAUUGCAGUGAUCCCUCAGUUCAACCUAUUCUUGGAGGGAAAAUCCCCACUAUAAGCUUUGCUUGAAAACUUCCAGGGAGGGGUCACUCACUGCCUUUUGAAGCAGCCCAUUCUAAUUUGGGGCAGCUCUAAUUUUAAGGAAAUUUUUCCUUACAUCAUACCCAAAUUUGUAUCUUUCCUGCUUCUACCCAUUGCUCGUAGUUUUGCCUUCUGGGGCCAAACAGAAAAAGGCUACUCUCUCAAAUGACUGCCUUUUAGAUGAUUGGAAAAUAGCUAUCUUCUUGUCUCCCGGAGCCUUCUCUUCUCCAGGCUAAACGUCCCUACUUCCUUGAACACUCAAGGCUCAAAGACCCUCACCACUUUGCUUACUGUCUACCUUUCUUAAAAUGUGGGGCCUAGACCUGAGCACAGGACAGUGGAAUUCUCAUCUUCUUAUUCCUGGAAGCUAUGCUUCUGUUUAUACCUCCACUUCCUUGCUACUCACUCAUUCCUCUGUCCCUUCUAAUCUUGUUUCUGUUCCCACAAUUAUUCUGAACGUCAUCUUUCAAAAUGGCAAAUCCAUUAACCCUUUCUUAGUCUCAUCCUUUUUGGCUGAAUUUAGUCAGAUCAAAUUCUCCUUGAACUCUACAUUUUAUAUUGUUGACACACUCCCUUCCCCUUCUCCAGACCAUUUGACACUUUAACCUCCUGGUUUUGCUCCAAUCCCACUAACCUUGACUGUGUCUCCUUUUAUCUGGUAUAUGGGAGUGUUCCCUAGGUUUCUGUCUUCAACCCAUGUCUGUCCGUAACAUACUCUCCCUUCACCAACUCAGCUACUACUGUGGCUUUAAUUAUUACUCUUCUCCUAAAAUUAGCCCCAACCUUUCUCCAAACUCCAAACUCUUAUCUCUAACUUCGUUGAACAUGUCUGUCUCCGGGACUUCAGUGAUGUGUGAUCUCAUUGGUACAAGUGCUCUUGCAGUCCAUCUGUGCAUGGCCUUCCUGUUCACACGUCAUCAGGCUCCUCCUGUUAAUUCUCCACUGAGGGUCUGCCCAAUGUACUUGAACUUUCUUUGAGUGCUUCUGAUUCUGUGAAGAUACUGGGGGAGCACACAGGUCUGCCUAUGAACUAUCCUUCAUUUUUACCAUGCAGCCCCGCCUUCUCCUUUUGUAACCAUGUGUUUCUUUGAUCAUAUCCUUUAGAAUGCUUUGCCUUGAUAACUCUGCAUUUUAGCAUGCUGCUGCAUGUUGUUGCCUACCAUGCACGUCUCUGCUGCCUUUUGGGUCAUCCCACCUUCAGUUCUGUGGAGAGCCUAGUUUUCCAUAUUCCAUUAAUCACAGCCAUACAAAAUCACCAGAAGAAUAUUGGUAUUAAAAAGAUGGGCUUUUGUUUUAGGUUGAAGCUUGAGAUCAUUAAAACUUACUUAUUUCCCAAAGGUCUCUUCCUUCUCCUGGCCAGUUUUGGGCAAAUCUCAUCCAUUUGCAGUAUCUAAUAUAUAUAUAUCCCCCUCCCACCCUCUGUGAUCUGGCCAACUUGGCCUCUUCUCUGUAACCUCACGUGACACUCCAUCUCCUAUCUCUGUGCCGUUUUUUCUGACCAUCUCACACACCUGAAAUAUACUCCCUCUUCGGCACCUCACCGCCCAUGUCUUCCAUUCGUACAGACCUCAAACACCAUCUUGAGCCUAAAGCCUUUCCUGACACCCUCAAAUGCUCAUGCCCUUCCUCCCAAACUCCCUUGCAUUUAACUGUUCAGUCACCUUAUGUUUAUGCUCUAUAUAUAUGUGCUUGUGUCCUCCAUUAGAAUGUAAACUCCUUGUGAUUAGGGAUCGCUUCAUUCUUUUUACUUACAUCUCCAGCACCAAGUACAACAUGGCACAUAAUAUGCGCUUAAUAAAUACUUGAUUGUCUAAGUAAAAGUCAUUCUUCAACCACUUGGCUUUUCCCGUAUGCAUAAUAGGCCAAACUCCUUAGUGAUUACAGAUCUCCUUUAGAAGACUGCAAUGUUCUGGAACUUGAUACAAUCAGUACAAUGUCAUAUGCAAACAGACACUUAUAGCAUCUCUGUAGGAAAUCCUUCCUUGUUUUGGUCUGCACUAGACCUUCAUGCCAGUGGUGAAGGCUUUUGGUCAGUACACAUCUCCCUUUUAUCAUUUGUUAUGAUAAUUGGGGCAGAUAGAUGGUGCAGUGGUUAGAAUGCCAGGCCUGGAGUCAGCAAAACUCAUCUUUGAGUUAAAAUCUGGCUUUAGACACUUACUAGGUCGGUGACCCUGGGCAGGUCACUUAACUCUGUUUGCCUCAGUUCCUCAUCUGUAAAAUGAGCUGGAGAAGGAAAUGGCAAACCUCUCCAGGAUCUCUGCCAAGAAAACCCCAAAUGGGGUCACCAAGAGUUAGAUAUGACUGAAACGACUGAACAAAAAUUAUUGGAGAAUCAUUACCUGCGAUUCUCUCUGUUGCUGUAAGGAAUCUUGUGAAAUCCUGACAUAUGCUUAGGAGGGCACCUUGUUGGAGAGCCUUUAAGGUGUUUCGAUCUGCCAAAUCAAGUGGUUUUUGUUUUUUAUAAAAGACAACAAACAGUGAUGGUGUGUCAUUCACUGCCUCGUUGAGUUGCAUGACGGCAAAGAUAGUCUACUGUGAAAUAUUGUUUAUAAAAGCCAACUUAUGGCUUUCCGAGAGCCUCAACAAGGAUGUCUUUGAUGUACCUGAUUAAGAAAUUUUGUAUAGAACGGAAAGGCACAUGGGCUGGUAGUUCUCUUGGACACCUUUUAAUAGUAGAAAGGCCUGAGUCUUCUUCAGAUACCUUGAGAAUAACUCCCUCAAUUCCCUCAAAGCUGUUGCCUCUGUGGCACAGAUGUCUUCUGUAUAUACUUACUUGGUCCAGGCCAGCUGUUUUUUAAUGACAUGUUUCUUAAGUUCCAUUUCCUCCAUGAGCAUAAUGUAACUUUAGAUAGGCCUGCGAUGUUAGAAUUCAUAGUGAUGGCUCCAUCAUCCCUGACAGUGGAAAGACUUUGUUAUAAAAAAUCUUUGUCUUGUCCAGCCUUUGGCUGUUUGUUGCCCUCUUUCAUCCUUAAAUGCCCUUGGAAAAACUUUGCUUAGUUGGCUCUCUUGCCAUGUUUUUUAAAUUAGGUUUUCUAUAUUGUAGAGUACAAGGCCUUGGCCUGGGGGAGGAAGUGAAGGAAUGGACAUCCACGUUUUUCAGUGAGAAUAAAGUUUGAGUCAAAGUCAGAAGGCAAGAGUAACAGCAAAUUUGUUCAAAGUGACUAAAUGUAGUGCAGUAAUCAUUAAAUCCUUCAUGCACAAAUGAGGCAAAUUUGAGUUAUUGUGUAUCAUUGAUAGCAGCACUGUCAGUGUAUGCUCAUGACACAGUUGAGUUCUGUUUCCAUACUGUUUGUUUCAUUUAAAUAUAAAAUAUGUAAAAUUGAAGUUUAAUAGUCUUUAUGUGGAAAUUGAAACAUACCAUAAUAAUAACUAUAUUUCUCAUCAUUCAUUUUGGCAAGUAAGCUCGUUUCAAUAAACAAACACCCGAGCCUCUGCAACUUAAAAACAAAUUGAAGUAAUUCAAGAAUGAUUAUAAUCAUUUGAAAAUUUCAGUAUUUAAAUCUAUCAAUUUUUAUUGUCUUUAAUUUCUGAAGUGUAAACAUCCCUUCAUGAUGAAUAAAUGCAUAACCAAUUUGAAGGGAAAAUUAGCUAGAGCAGCUGAAACUAGUAUGAGUGAGGACAACAAAGACAAAUAGUCAAAAUACAGAAAAACAAAGUAAAAAAGGUCGAAUUCAGAAAAUCUAAUCCACACUCCUUAUCACUGGGAUUCACAAGUACUGUUACUGAUGGGGAAGAGCACCAUUUGCUUUUCGCACGAAUGUUUUGACUACAAAGUGAAUGAAAUCUAAUAAACUGAAAUAUCUUGAAAACGGAUAUACCAAGUAUAUUAGCAAGAUUAUUUUCCAGAGAAAAAAUUAGAUGCUUUUAAUAAGCAAAAACAAACUUUUUAAAAAGCCAGAUAAGUUUGCUUCCAGAAUUAGAGAGUAUAAAAAUACUUCCUUGAGUAGGAGAAAUAUUGGUACUAUCUGCAGCUGUUGAAAUGAUAUUUGGCAUAUUAUAUGCUGAAUAGCUUUGAAUGGUUCUUGCAGAGAAUAUGGGUCAGAAGAAUAAUUGCCUCUAUUUUUGAAGACCUUUGUCAUCAAUUAUUUGAGAAACCAAAGUCUGUUUUGCAUUGGAAGUAAAGGAUGUAGUUAAUGUCAUUUAAUUGGAGAUUAUGUACACACACACACACAGACACAGACACACACACAUAAGUCUCCCAAACGUUUUAGUACAGUUUUUAAAACUAUUAAGAGUUUAAAAACUGCACUGAGACACUUUGGGGGCACCCUAUAUUGUUGAAACUGAUAUUAGAGAAGAUUUGCAACUUGACAAAUCUACAGAUAGCACUGUCACAACAAGAUAAAAUUUCAAUAUAACUCUGUGUUUUAAAUGGAAAAAAAAAAGGUUGGGGCAGCUAGGUGGCACAGUGAGUAGAGCACUGGCCCUGGAGUCAGGAGGACCUGAGUUCAAAUCUGGUCUCAGACACUUGACACACUUAGUAGCUGUGUGACCUUGGGCAAGUCACUUAACCCCAAUUGCCCUGCCUUCCCCCCCUCCAAAAAAAAAAGUAUAGCAAAAGGAUGGCUUUUUGUAAAAUCAUGUGAUGAUAUGAAAUCAGAUAAUAGGGCAUUUAUGUGUUAUCAUAAAGCAUGGUGGCUUUCUCAUUACAAAGUAUACUUAGAAGACUUUUUGAGCUAAUAUAAGAAAUUGCCAUUUUUCCUUAGGGAUAAUAAUAAAGAUUAAAGAAAUUCAUUUUAUAACAAAAAUUUCCACCUGAAACUUGAAUAUUUGAUGGACACUGCUGAAAAACUGUACUCUAAAUAUUAGAGCACAGUCCUUAAAUUCAUACUCUCAAAAAGAAAAAAUUUUUGAAUGUUAACAUUAUUUCUCAGUUUUUAAAAAUUAAGACCUGCUUACUACUUGACCAAUCUACAAGAAGUGAAUCAUUUUGUUUCUAAAUAUAAAUUGAUAAGGAAUCCGUAUGCCCAUGGACAAAUAGGAUGAUUCAUUUGGUCUUUCUUCACCUGAACCCAAAAUGGUUAAGACUUCUCUUACAGUAGUUCUGAAUGUUGAAAUUAAGUGGUUUUUAUCUGAAAACCAUAGUAAGUUUUGGCUAUGCUGAAUAAAGAAUCCUUUGGCUUAUCAAGCAAAGCAAUAUAAAUUCUACUGCAGUUCCUAACUUUUUAUUUGUAUAAGUUUUCUGCUGUAGCUGCUAAAAAUGUCUUGAUUGUUGGUUGAAAAAUAAUUGCGUAAUAAUACCCAUCAAUAUACCACUGUUGGAAAAAUUUUACAGAUAAACAAGCCCAUCUAUCAUAUAUUAUUUUAAUGUUCUGCAAAAAUCGUAAAUGAUUUUAUCAAUGUUACAUUAUUAGUAUGCUUGAGAUUCGUUAUAAAAAUGAAUAAAUUCUUAACUUUAUUUGACAAAAUAUGAGCCAAGAAAAUUAUUUGCAUAGAGUGCUAUGAAAAGGGGCAUGUAUCUAUAGUCAUAUGAAGAAAUGCUC